AAAUAGAAUCAAAUUAAAUUUAAAUAUAAAAUCAAAUAAAUAUCAAAUCAUACGUGUUGGAGACUUCGAGGCUUCUAAAUUUGUGCCAUUUCUGUGCUUAAUACUAUAAAUAAAUGUCCUGCCUCUGCAGACUGCAAGUUUUGCCUUCUACUAAAACUAAGUAGUAGUUAUUGAGAAUUGAGAUAAUCCUUUCUGGGUUUUGAAGAUAAGAACUACAACUCCUUGUGUUCAGUGUUAUUUAGAGAGAGAAAAAAAGGGAGAGAUAAUGUUGGAAGGAAAGGCAUUGAUAGAAGAUAGUGAUAUGCCAAUGAAGAUGCAGAUCCAAGCUAUGGCUUCUGCUUCGCAAGCUCUUGAUCUCUUUGAUGUCUUUGACUAUACUUCCAUUGCUGCUCACAUCAAAAAGGAUUUUGACAAAAGAUAUGGAGGAGGAUGGCAGUGUGUGGUUGGAUACAAUUUUGGUUGUUUCUUCACUCAUUCUAAAGGAACUUUCAUCUACUUCAGUCUUGAGACUCUCAAAUUCCUCAUUUUCAAAGGAGCUGUUUCUCCUUAACAUCUGGAAAAUACUCUUGUGUCCAUUUGAAUUUGUAAUAUUAAAAAACUAGUAAAUUCAAAUGGAUAUAAGAAUAAACAAAACCUAGAAAAAAGAAAGUCUAGAUGAUGGAAAAAAGGGGGGAAACUGCAAAUACUCCUUUUAUCAAGUCAUUUUCUUUGGUAGGGCUCUAUUGAUUGUAACCUCACUUUCAUUUUCAAACAUGAGUAGAUGCAUUGUUUUGAGUUUUUUUUGUAUCUAUUAAGACAAUUUAUCUUCCCAUGUAGUACAAUACUCUCAUUUUAAUUAAAUGUCUCGUUUGACUUUAUACACUUAUAGAUAUACUCCCUCCACACCAAUAUAAAUGUUCCAUUUGCUUGGGCACGGAUAUUAAGAGUGGUGUGGGGUCCAUUAAAAAGGUGAUAGUUGGGUAAGUAGUGAAGGGUAAUUAGUGAAGGGUAAGUAGUGAAGGGUAGUUGGGUAAGUAAGGUAUAUGGGGAUAUAUUCGUAAUUACUUGUGUGAACUAAGGAUAUUUAGGUAAAAAAAUUGACAAAAAUAGAAAUGUGACAAUUGAUAUGGUUUUGCCAAAAUAAAAAAAUGUGACAAUUAUAUUGGGGUGGAGGGAGUAUUAUUUUAUUCUAAAUUGUGAUCUUAUAAUUAUGUUUUAAUUUAUGAAUGGAGAAUAUGAUACAAAAUAUUUUAUUAGAAUUGAAAAAAUUAUACUGAAAGAUUUAGAAUUUAGUCUCUCUAUCUUAUGAAUCUUCGUCACAACAUGUUAAAUGUUUAUUUCUCUGUCUCAUGAUCAUUGCCGUCAAUGUUCCAAUCAUGAUAAGAUUGACAUUUUUAAUUAGUUGAAAGAAAGCUAAGCGUACAGGAGUCUCCUAUCGUUCAUUUAAAAAUUGAAUCCUACCAAGUCAUUUGGGAUGUUGUUUUUGAGACUUUUUUGGUUUAAGUUUCUUGCUUGUUUGGAAAGAUAUAUUUCACAAUAUUCAUCAUAUUUAUCUCAUUUCUUUAAUGGAUUAUGACCGUCCCACUGUCAAUUGAUUUUAGAUGGGUCAAGUUCAACCCAGCUUCUAAACGAUCGAUUGGAUCGACUUAGAUUAGUUGGAUUUGACCUAAUAAAUUGAUGAGUUUAUUAUGACUUUUUUUUAUGACCAUAGGCCCAUAAAAUAUCAUCAAAAUACUAAUAAUUUUAAGACUUAAUAUGGAAUAUUAUUCCAAAUCAAUCCUAACUUGAAAAUAUGGAUAGAAAAAUAAUAGGUAUAUUCUCUACAAUUUACACCUGUUUCUGUAAAAAAUCGGAGGGUUCCAACAACACCAAAAGGGCAUAGUAUAAAAACCACGAUGAAUUCAUUCAUUUUAAAGUCGGGUCAAGUUCGUUUGGUUUCAAGAACGAGUAAAUAUUGAGCCAUUAGAUGUAUUUUGAAUACCUCUAAUCAACAUCAACCCAUAAUUUUUCGUCCAUAUGUUAUGACUUACUCUCAUGUCUUAGGAAACUUGUCAUACAUUUUUUAAUCUGUCUUAUUAAAUUU